AUGGUCGAUUCAAAGUCCUUUUUCUGGGGCGACCAAGUUUAUAAAUCCCCGCCAUGGUAUCCGACGCCCCUAGGUGGUACAUCGGAGACAUGGGCUCAUAGCUAUCAGAGGGCCAAAGCGAUGGUCCAGAAUAUGACGCUACUUGAGAAAGUCAAUGUUACGACUGGAGUAGGCUGGUCUAUGGGUUUGUGCGUUGGUAAUACUGGGCCUGCAAUUGAUUCUGGAUUUCCCUCUCUCUGUCUGCAAGAUGGGCCCUUGGGGAUACGCUUCGCUGACCACAUCACUGCGUUCCCGGCGGGUUUGACAACUGCGGCAACGUGGAAUCGUUCGUUGAUAGAGGAACGUGGCUAUCUGCUCGGCAAAGAGGCACGCGGGAAAGGUGUUAAUGUGCUACUAGGUCCAUCCAUGGGCCCUUUGGGGAUCAUGCCGGCUGGUGGCAGAAACUGGGAAGGGUUUUCUCCUGAUCCUGUCCUUAGCGCAGUUGCGGCUUCAGACACCAUUCGAGGUAUCCAACGAACAGGCGUGAUGGCAACCGCGAAACACUUUGUCAUGAACGAACAGGAACAUUUCAGACAGGGGCGCGAGUGGAUUAUUCAAGACGCGAUAUCUUCCAACAUUGAUGAUCGUGCUCUACAUGAGGUCUUUAUCUGGCCGUUUGCUGAGAGUAUUCGCGCCAACGUGGCUAGUGUUAUGUGCUCGUAUCAAAUGGUCAAUAAUUCCUAUGCUUGUGGCAAUAGCAAGCUUCUGAAUGGGAUAUUAAAAGAUGAACUCGGCUUUCAAGGGUUUGUGCAAUCAGACUGGCUUGCGCAGCGAUCGGGAGUGACAAGCGCGCUCGCAGGCCUAGAUAUGUCUAUGCCGGGGGAUGGUCUUGUGUGGGCAGAUGGCAAAGCCCUUUGGGGCAAGGAGUUGACCAUAGCCAUUCUCAACGGAACAAUGCCCAUGGAACGCCUGAACGACAUGGUGACACGCAUCGUGGCAGCAUGGUAUCAGUUGGGACAAGAUGAACCCGGAGGCAAUCCGGACUCUCCAAACUUUUCCUCGUGGACAAAUGAUCAGUACGGCCAUCUUUUUGAGGGCUCGGGUGAUCAGGCCACCGGGAUAGUAAAUCAGUUUAUUGACGUGCAAGGUAGCGGCGAUGAAGCUCACAGCAUUACUGCCCGUCGGGUUGCCGCUGAAGGAGCUGUCCUUGUGAAGAACGUCGGUGACAUUCUCCCUCUAAGCACUCAAGGAUCCAGCUCCGGGGAUAAAUUGUACAGAGUUGGCAUAUUUGGUGAAGAUGCUGGUCCAGGAAAGGGACCCAAUGCCUGUGCGGAUCGUGGGUGCAAUCAAGGUACCUUGGCUUCUGGCUGGGGUAGUGGCGCGGUUGAGUUUCCUCAUCUUGUCACGCCUUACGAUGCAUUGAAGGAGUCAUUCAAUGAGACAGCAGUCGAUCUCCAGGGUUACCUGACGGAUGAUUACGAAGACAAACAUCUCGAGAACCAGGACUUGUGCAUUAUAUUCGCCAAUUCGGACUCUGGCGAGGGAUUUAUAAAAUGGGGAGACAUCAGCGGAGAUCGAAACAACCUCUUCCUUCAGAAGUCAGGCGACUCUCUCAUCCAACGGGCUGCGGACAAGUGUGGCGGUGAUACUAUUGUCGUAAUCCAUGCUGUUGGCCCCGUUAUUGUAGAGUCCUGGAUUGACCAUCCAAGCAUCAAGGCCGCCAUUCUGGCCCACCUUCCAGGAGAAGAAAGUGGGAAUGCAUUGGCAGACGUGUUGUUCGGCAGAGUUGACGCCAGCGGACGACUUCCUUAUACCAUCGGUAAAAGCAUCAAAGACUACGGACCGAGUGCACAAGUGCUAUACGUACCGAACGCAUUGGUCCCGCAGAUGAAUUUCACGGACGGAUUAUUCAUCGACUAUCGGUACUUUGACAAGAACGACAUUGAGCCGCGGUUUGAGUUUGGCUUUGGACUAUCCUAUACCACUUUUGAAUAUUCAGAUCUUGUCAUCUCUCCCGUCAGAGAGAAGUCGCUUUUACCAUCGCCUCGACCAGAGGCUCCCGUUUCUCCGCCUAAAUAUAGUAAGCAGACGCCCGAUGCAAAGUCUGCACUAUUUCCAUCGGGGUUCCGGCAAUUGCACAAAUACAUCUAUCCUUAUCUCUCCGAUCUGUCAGAAAUACAAGAAAGGCACUUUGACUUCCCGAAGGGCUAUAAAAAGAAGCAAGCGUUAUCCCCCGCGGGUGGAGGUGAAGGAGGCAAUCCUUCGCUAUACGAAACUUUUGUUGUGGUUACUGUAAACGUGACCAAUACCGGCCAUCGUACGGGCCAGGAAGUGGUGCAGUUAUACGUCUCAUUCCCGGAUGAUGUCCGCGAUGAAGAUGACAAGUUUAGCGACUCGAUUGAGUUUCCCGUCCGCGUGCUGCGCGCCUUUGAUAAGGUAGAGCUGUCUCCGGGAGAGACGAAGAAAGUCGAGAUGGCGUUGACACGGAAGGAUCUGAGCUUCUGGAGCACGCGUCGGCAGAACUGGGUGAUGCCGGUGACGGGGGAGUUUACUAUCGCGGUGGGCAACAGCUCGAGAACGCAGGCCGUUGUGGGGGAGUAUUAA